CGAUGACGCAGUUACGUAAGCCCCCGCCCCUGGUCUCGAGGCUCUUGAAAAGGAGUCACGUUGCGCUGCAGCAGUGAAACAGGAGCUUGUCUCUCAUCCGCCGAACAGCGCUCACCUGAUCUCAGCACAGCCAGACCGCCAUCAGCAGCAACCAUGACUCACCAGUACCCCGCACUGACUCCUGAGCAGAAGAAAGAGCUGCAGGACAUCGCUCAGAGGAUAGUCGCUCCAGGAAAAGGCAUCCUCGCAGCCGAUGAGUCCACUGGCAGCAUGGCAAAACGUUUCAACCCCAUCGGGGUUGAGAACACAGAGGAGAACAGGCGCCGCUACCGCCAGCUGCUCUUCACAGCCGACCAGCGCAUCGACAGCUGCAUCGGAGGAGUCAUCUUCUUCCACGAAACCCUCUACCAGACCACAGAUGACGGCACUUCCUUCUCCAAGCUCAUCCAGGACCGCGGCCUUGUUGUUGGCAUCAAGGUGGACAAAGGUGUCGUGCCCCUCGCUGGAACAAAUGGAGAAACCACCACUCAGGGUUUGGACGGUCUGUCUGAGCGCUGUGCGCAGUACAAGAAGGACGGCGCUGACUUUGCCAAGUGGCGCUGUGUGCUUAAGAUCAGCGACACCACGCCGUCUGAGCUGGCCAUCUUCGAGAAUGCUAACGUGCUGGCGCGAUAUGCUAGCAUCUGCCAGCAGAAUGGAAUUGUUCCUAUUGUGGAGCCUGAGAUCCUUCCUGAUGGAGACCAUGACCUGAAGCGUUGCCAGUAUGUCACUGAGAAGGUUCUAGCUGCUGUGUACAAGUCUCUGUCAGACCACCAUGUGUACCUGGAGGGGACACUGCUGAAACCCAACAUGGUCACAGCCGGACACUCCUGCCCCACCAAGUACAGCAGCGAGGAAAUCGCCAUGGCCACCGUCACUGCCCUGCGCCGCACUGUCCCUCCUGCUGUCACAGGAGUGACCUUCUUGUCAGGCGGCCAGUCCGAAGAGGAAGCAAGCGUGAACCUCAACGCCAUCAACAACUGCCCGCUCGCCAAGCCUUGGGCCCUGACUUUCUCCUACGGCCGCGCCCUGCAGGCCUCCGCCCUGAAUGCAUGGAGAGGAGAGCUGAGCAACGAGAAGGCUGCCGCCGAGGAGUUCAUCAAACGCGCUGAGGCAAAUGGUCUGGCUGCGCUCGGCAAGUACGAGUCUUCUGGAGCUGGUGGCGCAGCAGCAAAGUCUCUCUAUGUGGUCAAUCACGCCUAUUAAACAUCAAUCGUCCACAUACUACUGUGGACUAGUUAAAGUCUUAUAUCUGCUCUGCUAUUCCCCCCUCACACCUCCAUAAACACAGGCCUGCGCUGUCUACUGUACUUUAGAGUUGUCAGAGUUAUUCAAAUUAUUGGUUAUGUGUAUUAAAAAAAUUAUGUGAAACAAGAAUGCUAAAGGGAUCAGGCUUGUUUUUUUUCAUUGGAUCAAACAGUUUUAAGAUUUAUGACUAAAGAGGACAACAGUUUUUAAUUUCUUGUCUGUAACCUUUUCACCGGGCUCAGAGACAGGAAGUAAGAGGCUGCAAAAUCUUUUUAGUGGAUCAGGUGAUCAGUCAGUAUUCAGUCCCUACCUCCUCUGAACUGCACCUGUCUCCACAUCUGGUGCUUUCCGCCUCCAUUCCCCCCUCACGACAAAACCCCACUCCCGGGCAAGACAGAUCAGCUUGUGUGUUUUCGCUUGUGUCUGAACAAAGUGUCGGCUUCAAAUCCUCAAAAUCCAACAUUAACACUCUCCCCAACACUGGGACCAACCAAUCAUUAUCAGCAUCAGCACUAGCCGGUGAGAGACGAGAAAAGAAAAGACAGCGUGGAGUCUUUUGGUACUGAGUUGAUCUUUCGAGCGACUGUGGGGUGGUUGUACUGUCAGACAGAUGUAGCUCCAGCAGAGGUCAGUAUAGGCCCACGUUAACAGAACAUCACACACCAGGAUGCGUCCGUAUGAUUCAGCCUAACCUUUCUGUUCUCACACUCCCAAUCCCAACUAACGUUUGCUCAUGUCGAUUCUUAGUAUAACUUUAGCUUUAAAUCACAUACAGUACUCAAUGUAUUCAGUUGUGUGAAGGUGUCGAUAUUAUGUGAUGCUUGUGUGUCAUCCCCCCUCCUCCCCUCUCCCUGAUUCCUCUCAGUCAGCCCCACGAGAAGAAGACUUGGUUUCUUUUGACGUAUGUAUGACGUGGACCAACUCGUGGGGUCGGCGGCGGGAAGCGGUCACUGCUGUGUUGGAAUACUGUGAUGUUUGUGAUGUUAAUAUUGUUCUUGAAGCACUUGGUGUGUCAAAUAGUGGAGACAAAUAAACUAAAAAUGUAAAAAACA